UUAAACAGUGGCUCGUUUUUAAGAUCACACUGUGGGGAAUAUUCAACUCUGUUUUGAUGGCCAGUUGUGUUUGAUCUGCUUCCAGUCUAUUAAGUACUUGCAAGUUUUGGUCUUCAUUUAAACAAUGUUUUUCAGACAUGGUACACCUUACUGGGAUUCCACUGGCAAGAAACAGUUUUAUAUAUCAAAGGCAUGUGCAACAGAACGUGACUGCAAGAAAGCUAUUCAUGCUGUCAGUAAGCGUUGUGACAGGAUAUGGUACAAUGAUUGGGAAUGUGUUGAAUGUUGUCAUGGAGAUCGUUGCAAUUACUAUGUAACCCUUGCUGGUGUGAGUAUCAAGCCACAUGCAGUAUUUUAUAUCUUAGUCACAGUAUUUUGGUUAAUGAUAUUAACUAAAGUGUUUUAAGAAUUUUUCUUUUACUUUGUCUUAAAGACUUGAAGUUUUUAAUUAAAUAUAAGUAAUACAUUUGUUGUUGCUCUCAAAUUGAUUAAGUAUGUGUAUAUGUAGUAAACAAUUUAAUAACCAAUGUUAAAUAUUCCUUCUUUAUAGGUUUUAUCAUUUUUUAAUAAAAUCAUCAAUAUUAAAAUGCACUUUUAAUGUUUUCCUUCGCGUAAUAUGUACCUUAAUUAAAAAAAAUUGUGAAGUAUUUCUCUUCAGUGUGAUUAAAGAGAUGAUUUUGAAAUUACUUAUAUAAUAAAGUGCAAAGUCUUUUGUAUUUGAUAAAGCCAUGGACAUUGUUUUAAGUAUUCUUUUUUGUGUUUGAUUAAAAGUGAUAUAAAUAUUAAAAUUUCUAAAUAUCUGUCUAACUUUCUCAGUCAGUUUAAUUAACUUUUUCCAGCAUUGGAUGGUUUGCAUCUAAAGUUAAGCAAACCUGUUUCUAUUAUUUCUAAAACAUAAGAAUAUUUUAUAAUUUAAUAAAUAUUUCUGUAGUUAGUGAUACAGGUAUGAUUUAAAAAAAAAAAAAAAAAAAAAUCUGGCCUAAAUUGGGAGAGUAACAGAAACAUAUAAUGAGUACCAUAAAUUCACUUCCAGGAUAUGCAGUUGCCAAAAUGAAAUACUUAAAAAUAUUUUAUAACUUUUUAAAAAUAUUUUUUUUGUGUUUCGUAAGAAGUGAACUUACUUUUUUAAGAAGUGUAGAACGGAUCCUUUCCCAUCUCUUUAAUAAGUUACAGUAUGUUCAUACCCUUUUUUAGCCUUUCAUGCUAUAAAGCUGUUUCAUAUCCUUUUUUAGUCACUGAAUCACUUUUCCAUUUGGAGCCUUUUCUCCCUGUUUCUGCCAGUAUAUGAAACACAAGAACUAGGUCUAAAUGACUUGCCUUUUCUUUCUUAGUAAUAUUAAGUAUAUGUUAAUUAUUGGUAGCUCUAAUAUUAGUAAAAUCAAUAGAUUUGCUCAUUGAUAUUGUCAUCAGUGUUCUAGUUAUCAGUGCUGAGUCAGUUUACUUUUGGAUGAUUGUUGAACUAACUGUUCUACAUCUUUCUUGACCUUUACUUCAAAGAGCUUGUUUAUGCUCAAAGAGCUUUAAAUUUUGAAUCAUCUUGACUUUCAUCUCUAUUUUCUCUCAUUGAUGUAAAGAUAAAAUUGGCCUGAUACAAUUUCAGGAUUCACUAAAGCAAGAGUAUGAAAUUGACACUUUGUUCUAUAUCACUUAAAUGUUUUGAAUUUUCCCAACUUAAUGUAACGUGAUAUCUCUAGUAAUCUGUCUGUGAAUUUAUUUGGCAUUUGAAUAAUUCCAGUAAUUCUAUGAGAUAAUUUUUCAUAAGAAGAAGCUUUGUAGUAAAUUGAUACUAAUCUAGUCCCCUUCAUUAAAUUUGCAGUUUGUUGAUUCAUAGAUCACUGCAAUGAGUUUAUGUGAAGGAAAAGAGAUAAGUUUGAUUUCUAUGGUAGUAGUAUUGAAGUUACUUAAAUCUGAAGGUACAUUUUUUGUACAUGGGGAUGGAUGCAAAAAGACAAAAACUUAUGUCAAACAUUAUGUGAUUUUGAUACUUUAUAUGACAAGUACAUAUUUGAAAAUGCAGUACAAAGUCUGUAUUCCAGACUCGUUGGGACUUUGGCGAUUCUGGAUUAGGGUUUUUUCUGGAUUAUAGAUCAUCAAUUUAAAUCUGGUAAGAUGGCAUGCAGAAAUUUAUACAAUUAAA